AUGAGUGUUUGGAAAAGAUUACAGAGGGUUGGGAAAUCUGCUUCCAAAUUUCAAUUUACUGCAUCAUUAACAGACCUUGAAUUAGAAGUGACUAAAAAAUGGCAACCCAAUAAAAUCUGUGUUGUUUGGACAAGAAGAAAUAGAAGGAAGUCCUCACAGGUUUUAACAUGGCAGCCAUCAAUGAAGAAUCCAUAUUGUGGACAUGUGAGUUGGACAGUACCAGAAAAUCUGGAGAUAAUGGUCACACUUUUCCGAGAUUCCAGACAGGCUGAAUAUGAAGAUAAAGAAUGGACGUUUGUUAUUGAAGAUCAAUCAAAAGGAAGAAGGAAGAUUCUAGCUAGUAAAACUAUCAAUAUGAAGGAUUACGCUACUCAGAUACCGUCACAAACUAAUAUUAAAAUCAGAUUUAAACCUGCUACCAAGAAAGUUGUAUCAGCUACAAUAUGUUUGACAUUAUCUUGUGUAUUUCUUAGAGAAGGCAAAGCAACUGAUGAAGAUAUGCAGAGUGUAGCUAGUUUAAUGAGUAUAGGAAGAAGUGAUAUUGGUAAUUUAGAUGAACUAGAAGAAGAUGAUGAAUCUAAAGAAGAUCUAUCGUUUAAGAUUAAAGAUUUAACUAAUCAGAUAGACCAACUAGAGAGUAAUACUGAUGAAGAGGAUCCAAAUGAAAUUGUGAAGUCGAAAUCCUUUGAUGCUCUCAAACCAGAACCGAAGCCAGCUGAGCGAGGAAAAUACAGUACACUACCAUCUAAUCUGACUAAAAAGGGAGAGAAAAAAUUAUUAGACUGGUGUAAACUGGUUACUAAGGGUUAUAAAGGGGUCAAGGUCACAAACCUGACAACAUCUUGGAGAAAUGGGAUGGCUUUUUGUGCAAUAAUUAAUCAUUUCAGACCAGAUCUCAUUGACUAUUCAGCUCUAGCACCACAUGAUAUUAAAACUAAUAAUAAACUGGCAUUUGACACUGCUGCUAAAUUAGGAAUACCUAAACUUAUAGAGCCAGCUGAUAUGGUGUUAUUAUCUGUACCAGAUAAACUAAUAGUCAUGACUUAUCUUCAUCAACUUCGAGCUUAUUUCACUGGCCAGACCUUCGAGGUUCAACAGCUAGGAUCUUGUACCAGUGAAUCCACCUAUACUUGUGGUGAACACGAUAAUAUGGUAUCAGACGAACGUAUCUCAGAAGAAAUGUACGGAAGCAAAGAAGACAAAUCUGAUGCUAAAUCUCCAACAACACCAAAAGCGAAACCAAGAGAAUUGGGCAUAUCUUCUGGUAGUAAUUUUCCUGAUGUUCGGGUUGGAUUAAGUCCAAAUGACACCUUUACUGAUUCUGAUACAAGUUUUGACAAUGCGCCUGCACAUAGAUACAAGAAGCGUGUUCCUAGUCCAGAGAAAAUGGUUCAAACCACUGGUAAUGCUAAAACUGUGAUCCAUCGUAAGAAGAAGAAGGCACCAAGUCCACCCAAACAAAGUCCAGUAACUCCUGAGAAACCAACAACCUCUCCAGUAUCACCAGAGAAAGAUAAUCUAAUGACACGUAAACAGUUGAUGAACCCGUUUGAUUCUGAUGAUGAUGAUGUGGAUUCCUCAAGUCCUAGUCCAACUAUACAACCAUCUGCUGUUAAACCUGCCAUCAAACCUAGACAACUAAAUCUAGGUUCUGAUGGUGAACAAGAUGAUUCUGAUGAUGGAUCUGAUGAUCUGGGACUACAAGUGACAUCUGAUGAAGACUUACGGGACACCAAUCAAUAUGUUCAUUCCGAGAUGGAAGCUUUAGAAAUUGAACAGCAACAAAUUGAUGAUCAAGCCUCGAAACUGGAGAAACAACUACGGAGAGUCAUGAAUAAAGGUAAAAACAAAGCCUUAGAAGAACAUUUAAUGCAGGAAUGGUUUAUGUUGGUAAAUAAAAGAAAUGCUUUGAUCAGACGUCAAAUGCAACUGAAUAUUUUAGAGAAAGAAGAUGAUCUAGAGAAACGCUGUGAUUUAUUAAAGAGAGAAUUACAGGCCAUGAUGGCUAUUGAUGACUGGCAGAAGACGGAAGCUCAGAAAAAACGUGAAAGAUUAUUACUGGAAGAAUUAGUACAGAUAGUUGAUAAACGCGAUGAAUUGGUUCAACAUUUAGACUCCCAAGAGAGAGCGUAA